AUGGAUAUCGGGGGUCUGACAACAGUGGUGGCCAACUCUGCUUACAUCUCUGCCCGUGGCAGCUUUGAUGGCACUGCCAACCCAGCUGUCAACCGGGACAAGAAGUACCGAUCCCGUCUAAAGCUGCCUCACAUUACAGUCUGUGAAGGUCUGCGUGAAACCUUAGAUCUGGGCUUCAACACGGUCUGUGUGGAGCAGCCCAUUGGCAAACGCCUUUUCCAGGAGUUCUUGGAGGCCAACAAUGAGUACAAAGGUCCCUGCCGUCUAUGGAAGGACAUUGAAGACUACAACAUGGCUGAGGAUGAGGACAGAGCCAACAAAGCAAGCAAGAUCUUGUCUCGGUACAUGGAGCCUAAUGCUAAGUAUAACUGCCCCUUUCUGCCGGAAAAUGGGAUCACAAAGGUGAAAGAGAAACACCAAGAGGCUGGUGAUGAUCUUUUCAAUGAGACCAUGGACAGUGUGAUGGACUUCCUGAAAGAAGUGCCCUACACUUUUUUUCUGGAGAGUAUGUAUCUGAAGAGGUUCCUGCAGUGGAAGUGGCUAGAGAUGCAGCCAAUAGGAGACGACUGGUUUCUGGAUUUUCGUGUUUUGGGUAAAGGUGGUUUCGGGGAGGUUUCUGCCUGUCAGAUGAAAGGCACAGGGAAACUGUAUGCAUGCAAAAAGCUCAACAAGAAGAGACUAAAGAAGAGGAAAGGUUAUGAGGGGGCCAUGGUGGAGAAAAGGAUCCUGGCUCGAGUUCACAGCAGAUUCAUUGUCUCUCUAGCUUAUGCCUUCCAGACCAAAGUCGAGUUAUGUCUGGUUAUGACCAUCAUGAACGGGGGAGAUCUAAGGUAUCACAUCUACAAUGUGGAUGAGAACAACCCAGGCUUUGAUGAGCCACGUGCCUGUUACUAUGCUGCACAGAUUAUCCAGGGCAUGGAGCACCUCCACCAGAAGAGGAUCAUCUAUAGAGACCUGAAGCCAGAGAAUGUACUGCUGGACAAUGAGGGUAAUGUGCGAAUCUCUGAUCUUGGUCUGGCUGUGGAGCUGGCUGAUGAUCAGUUCAAAAUCAAAGGCUACGCUGGAACUCCAGGUUUCAUGGCUCCUGAACUUCUGAAAGGAGAAGAGUAUGACUACUCUGUGGAUUAUUUUACACUAGGGGUCACCCUCUAUGAGUUCAUAGCAGCCAAGGGGCCCUUCAGGAGUCGUGGAGAAAAGGUGGAGAACAAGGUGGUGAAGAAACGGAUUCUGGACGAUCCUGUAACCUAUCCAGAGAAGUUCAGCGAGAACGCCCGCUCCCUCUGUGAGGGGCUGCUGUGCAAAGAGGUUGACAAGAGGCUUGGUUUCAAGGACGGGUCAUGUGAUGAGCUGAGGGCUCAUCCCUUCUUCCAGGACAUCAACUGGAGGAAACUGAACGCAGGAAUCCUGACUCCCCCUUUUGUACCAGACUCCAAGACGGUGUAUGCCAAGGACCUGGAUAACGUGGGCGCCUUCUCCACGGUAAAAGGCGUGGCUCUGGAAGACGUAGACAAUGAGUUCUUCGAUGAGUUUGCCACGGGGAACAUCCCCAUCCCCUGGCAGGAGGAGAUGAUAGAGACAGGGAUCUAUGGAGAGCUCAACGCGUGGGGCCCCGGUGGUACCCUGCCCAACGACCUGCGGCGGGAGUCCAUCCUGGAGCAGCCGCCCAAGUCCUCCACCUGCACGGUGUCCUGA